CAGUCACUGAACGAGUUUGGAUUGCCGGGAACGCUCGCGGAGAGAGCGAGAGAUUUGGUUAGGGUUUUAGGGUUUAUACCUUUGGGAGAUUCGAAACCAGAAAAGCGUGGGAGAAGAAAGGAGGAGGAGGAGGAGGAGGAGGAGGAGGAACAAGAACAAAGAAGAUGUCAUCGACUCUCCUCGAGGUGACUCGCGCAGCUCACGAGGAGGUCGAGGGACUGGAGAGGCUCGUCGUGAAGGAUCUCCAGAACGUGCCACCGACGAGCAAGGACCGCUUGUUGCAGCAACACCGUGUUCGUAACUUGAUUGAAACCAUCAUUUCGACUUCUGAGAAACUCGUUGAAAUCUAUGAAGAUAAAGAUAAUGCCAGGAAGGAUGAGAUUGGAGCUCUUGGUGGCCAGACUGCGACAGGGACAAAUGUAUUUAGUGCGUUUUACGAUAGAUUGAAAGAGACCCGUGAAUAUCAUAGAAAGCAUCCUUUUGGACGUUUUGUUGAUCCUAAUGAGGACUAUGAAGCUCUCCUUAAGGAGGAACCUGUUAUUGAGUUCAGUGGAGAGGAAGCCUUUGGGCGAUACUUGGACUUGCACGAGAUGUAUAAUCAGUAUAUCAACUCUAAAUUUGGUGACGUCAUUGAAUAUUCUGCUUACCUUGAUGUAUUUUCUCAACCAGGGAAAAUUCUACAUAAACUGAAGUUGACGAGGCAAUACAGGGAGUAUAUGGAGAACCUGCUGGAGUACUUGAUAUACUUUUUCCAGCGAACUGAACCAUUGGAAGACCUUGAUAGAAAAUUUUCAGAGGUUGUAUCUGAUUUUGAGCAACGAUAUGCAGAUGGAAAAGUAGAAGGCUGGGAGAAUCAUGGCCAGGAUAAUGGAGAUGUUCUAUCUCAGGAUACUGUCAUAGACCUUGAUUAUUACAGCACAGUUGAGGAGCUGAUGGAAGUAGGACCUGAAAAGCUAAAGGAGGCUUUGGGUGCAUCAGGAUUGAAGACUGGAGGGACACUGCAGCAGCGUGCAGAGAGGCUUUUCCUGACAAAGCACACACCUCUGGAAAAACUGGACAAGAAACAUUUUGCUAAACCUUCACGUGCGGGUGAACAAAAUGGCUCUGCCAAAUCAAAGCUGGAAUCGGACAGUGGUAAAGAGAUUGCACUUACGGAGGCUAAAGUGAAGAAACUCUGCAGUUUACUUGAGGAGACAAUUGUGAGGACAAAACAAAACGUGGAAAAGAAACAGGCCUUGACGUAUGAAGAGAUGGAAGCAGAACGUGAGGAGGAGGAAACUCGGGUCGAAUCUGAAAGUGAUGAUGAUGACCAACAGAUUUACAAUCCACUUAAGUUGCCAAUGGGUUGGGACGGGAAACCUAUACCUUACUGGCUGUACAAGCUUCACGGACUCGGGCAGGAGUUCAAAUGCGAGAUAUGCGGGAACUAUAGCUACUGGGGAAGAAGGGCUUUCGAGAGGCAUUUCAAAGAAUGGCGACACCAGCACGGAAUGCGUUGCCUCGGCAUUCCAAAUACAAAGAACUUCAACGAGAUCACUUCUAUUGAGGAAGCAAAAGAGUUGUGGAAGAGGAUACAAGAAAGGCAAGGAGUGAACAAAUGGAGGCCGGAGUUAGAAGAGGAAUACGAAGACAAGGAAGGGAACAUAUACAACAAGAAGACGUACACUGACUUGCAACGCCAAGGACUCAUCUAAUUUCCAAGCCACCACCCAGACUUUGGAUUCCCAACCCCCAAGGUAAUGUUUUGGACACUUUUUCAAUUCAGCGUUUUUUUAGAUGGGAUCGUGCCAUUUGUAUGUGUAUUGUGUUAUUAGGUGGCUAAGAAGACAUCUUUCAUAUCACAUAUCAUAUCAAUUCAUGGGACAACCAUGUCUUUUAUUUUCUCA